GCUUCCCAGAAUUUUGUGGAAGAAAUAUACAAAAGCAAUAAAACUGUAGCCAUAAUUGACAUGAUUAUGUCAAAACCAAUUUACAGCCUAAUGUGGAAAUUGAAAUCUUUUUUUUUUCUAGAUUGAAAAAUAUACAGCACAUGUUUUAGAACAGGAAAAAGCUAGAGGGAGUGAUGAGACACCACAGAUGUCACCUGAUGAAUAUACUUUUGCAAAGGAAUACUCAGAAAAUAUGGAAAAUCACUUCAAAGUAUUAGCACUGCGACACAUGCCACCAAAUUUACAAGCUCUAGAUCCUAAACAUACAGUAAUGCGACCCAACUUGGAUAGCUAUGUGUUUUUACGAGUAAAUGAAGAUACAGCAGGUGUCCUUGUUGAGGAAGAAACUGCAGAGGCAGGGGAAGAGGUGAUAGAUUUGGAAAAGGGAGAUCAGUUGAUCAUAAGAUACAGACCAGUAGCAACACUAGUGGAUUCUGGAGCAGUUGGACUCAUUUGAAGUGACUUGCGGUUUUUUAUAGAUUUGCAACAAAUCGAUCUUUCAAAUAUAAUCAGCAGUAUUUUCAAGGAAAGUGAUUUCCUGAUCUUUAAAGAUGACAAGAAUUGAAAAUGCUUUUAUUCAUCUGAUUUAAUUUUAUUCAUUUCAAAUGUUUAAGAAGGUGUAGAUUGUGAUACUGAAGAAGAUAUAUAUUGGAUAAUAAAGAUUUGCUUGUUCAAAAAAGCAGAUGCAUAUGAUAAGCAUAUAAUAUCCAUUAAAAACAUUAAGACUUUGCAAGUUUCUAAAUAUCUCAACAGAUUAAUAUUUAUAGUGAUCAAACAUUGCUCUGAAAUUUUUAUCACUGUAUUUAAUAAAAGAAAUCUGAAAAUGUU